AUUCAGCGCCCAUUCAGCGGACGCUCGCGGAAUUUUCGCCAUUCAAUUUUUGUAGCUGCUAAAAAAAAAAAAAAAAAAAAAACCUGAAUCGCGCCGUAAUUCAAGGGUUCAGAGCUAUCAGAAAUGAUCGAUAUGAUCGAUAAAGAGGACCCGGUCAUCAGUGAAGAGGAAGCGGCGCAGUAUGAUCGCCAGAUCCGGUUGUGGGGGCUCGAUGCCCAGAAGAGAUUACGAGGGUCCCGUGUGCUCCUGGCUGGUUUAGGUGGUCUCGGAGCUGAAGUGGCAAAGAACCUAAUCCUUGCUGGAGUUAAGGGGCUCACUUUGCUGGAUCAUGAACAGGUGUCGGAGGAGUCGUGUCGAGCUCAGUUCCUGGUUCCCGUGUCGGCUCGGGGCCAGAACCGGGCCCAGGCUUCCCUGGAGCGAGCGCAGAACCUCAACCCAAUGGUGGAGGUGCACGCUGACCCAGGCAGAGUUGAAGACAAACCGGACGACUUCUUCCUGCAGUUUGAUGCGGUUUGUCUGACAGGCUGCUCCAGAGACUUGAUGGUGCGAGUCGACCUGCUCUGCUCUCAGCACAACAUCAAGGUGUUCUGUGGAGACGUCUACGGUUUCUAUGGUUACAUGUUCUGCAACCUCGGACCGGAGCACAACUACGUCGAGGAAAAACCUAAAAUGAUGAAACCCUCGGCUGAUUCUACCGACGGUCCAGAGGCAAAAAGAGCUAAAAUCGAUCCCAACGAGACCAUCAUGGUGAAAAAGACGGCUAGUUUCUGCAGUCUGAAGGCGGCGCUGGAGGUGGACUGGACCGGCGAGAAGGCCAGAACCGCCCUGAAGAGAACGCCCGUGGACUACUUCCUGCUUCACGUUCUGUUGAAGUUUCGCACAGACAAAGGUCGCGACCCCGACCCAAAGUCCUUCACAGAAGACAGCCUUCUCCUGAGACAGAUCCGAGACGACGUCCUGGAGGCCCUGGCCCUGAGCAGCGACCUCCUUAACGACGACUUCAUCAGCUUCUGCUUCUCGGAGAUUUCUCCGGUCUGCGCCGUCGUCGGAGGCGUUCUCGGACAGGAAGUUGUCAAGGCUCUGUCCCAAAGAGACGCUCCUCAUCGCAACUUCUUCUUCUUCGACGGCCGUAAAGGAAACGGCGUGGUGGACUUCUUUGGACCCAACUGAAGGGCCUGGUUCUCCAGCGGAUAUUUAACACACUCUUGUUGGUUUUCGUUGUAUUUUUUUUUUUUACAUUUAUUAAUAAAACGAU